AUGGCAGUCGCUGCCAUACUCACACUGCUCCUCGGAGCCCUCCUCUCCCGGUGUCUCUACCGACUUUACUUCCACCCUCUCUCUAGGGUCCCCGGGCCAAAACUCGCAGCCUGCACGUCCCUAUGGCUCGCCUAUCAUACUUACAUUGGGGACGAGUGCACCGUCGUAUUUAAAUUACACAAAAAGUACGGCCCCGUGCUCCGCGUUGCACCUAAUGAUGUCGACAUCGCAAGCGGCGACGCAAUUGACCCCAUCUACAUCAACAGGGGUGGCUUUCCUAAGACCGCCGUAUACUCAAAGUUCGACAUCGACGGCCACAAGACUAUCUUCUCGACAUUGACUCUGCCGGAGCGGGCGAGUCGCGCAAAGGCCGUUGCUCCGCUGUUCUCCACAGCCUCGAUCCGUAAUUCCCAGGAAAGCUUGCUCCAAGUUGUCGAUGACUUCGUUGAGCGGCUCCGCGGCGUUGCGAAAUCUGGCCAGCCCGUGAAUGUGCUGCAGCUUGGCAGGGCCUUGGCCAUUGAUGCGGUGAGCUCGUACCUGUUUCAUGAGAGAUAUGGAGCUCUUAAAGAGAGCGAGAGCGUAGAAGUCAUGUCUGCCUCGCCCUUCGUCGAUGCGUAUGUCGGGGUAGGGGCAUUCUUCAACUUCACGUGCGGCAAAGUAGGAGAUUACCUAGUCGGUCUCCUCGAACAUCUGACCCAGUCCCCUGAAACAGCAAAAUCAUUCAAUACCAUGGACGAAUAUACCGGCGGGCUCAUCCAAAGAUCUGUCCCUAAAAGCGGCAGCUACCAAAGCCGACUUCUUGAAAGGGUCUCGUCGAGUCAAGCUCAAAUCGAAGUAAAAGAUGUCUGCUUCGCGGGGACAGAUUCAACUGGCAUGACAACCGCUACUAUCAUCUGGUAUCUGACCAAAUAUCCUGAAAUAUACACCCGUCUCCGCACAGCCCUCCAAACAACCUCUACGCCAGACGACCCCACUUCAACCCCAUACCUCCGCGCCGUGGUCCGCGAAGGGCUCCGUCUCGCCUGGGCAAACCCAAUCCGCCUCCCUCGUACUGUCCCAGCCAGUGGCUGGACUUACAAAUCUCACUUCUUCCCACAAGGAACAAGCGUCGGCGUGUCCACAUUUCAACUACACCAGGACGAGAGCGUCUUCCCUGAUCCACGGGAAUUCAAACCUGAGCGGUGGCUUGACCCGACGGAUGCGAUGCUGAACAGCUUCUUUGCCUUUGGUAAGGGGACGAGGGCUUGCAUUGCGCAGAAUUUGGGGCUUGCGGAGGUGACGUUGGCAAUUUGGAAGGUUGCUGAGGGGGAUGUCCUGAGAGGAGCGAGUAUUAUAUUGGAGUGGUUUAAUUCCAGGGUUAAGGGGGAGGAGAUCCUUGUUCAGUGGGGUGAUGGCGAUGGCGCAGCAGAAGGUGCACUAUGA